UUUGGUCUUCAAAGUCAAAUCUGAGCACUCCCCAUUCACGUCCAUUGGUGGCAGCUCUGCGGUGCACAGAUUUGCUCAGAUUAACUGAAUCUGGCCUCACAAUGCAGCUUUGUUGCUGAGACAGAUUAACACGUCAAGUGACCGGAGGUGUGGGAGAGCCUUGCAUACUUUUUCCUUUCCUUCUUUCCCAUUUCCAGCAUUGGCCCUGGGCUCCGCCGUCCCACAUCUCACAGCAACAGCGAGUAGGAUGGCUAGGUGUUUUGGUUUUUACCGGUAUGUUUCCAGGUUGGCCUUAUGAGGUCCAAGCCGAACAUUGAAGCUGAAGUCAGGCGAAGCCCAAAGAACCAAAGCAGCUACACUGGUGCCUUUCAUGUUCAACUGCAGACUGUCUACGGAUUGGUCCAGAGGCAGCAGCAGCAGCAGCAGCAAUGACAGUGACAUACUCUCGAAGAGUUGCUGAUGCAGGUUUGGGGACAUUUUUCCACCUGCUCCUGCGAUGGAAAGGCAGCAUCUAUAAACUGCUGUACAGAGAGCUCAUCAUCUUCUCUGUGCUCUACUGCUUCUUCAGCGUGGUUUACAGGUUUCUGUUAAGCAGCGAGCAGAAGAGGCUGUUUGAGAAGCUGUCGAUAUACUGUGACCGCUAUGCAGAACUCAUCCCUGUGUCGUUUGUGCUGGGCUUCUACGUGACUCUGGUUGUCUCCCGUUGGUGGGGCCAAUUUGAGAACUUGCCCUGGCCGGACCGUUUGGCAGCACUAGUAGGAGGCCAUGUCCGUGGGACCGACGAGACCGCCAGGCUGACCCGAAGAACCCUGAUGCGCUACGUCAACCUCUCAGGAGUUCUGAUCUACCGCUCUGUUAGUACUGCUGUCUACAAGAGGUUUCCAACCACUGAGCAUUUGAUGCAAGCAGGUUUGAUGACCUCAGAGGAACUGAGACACCUGGAAGAUCUACCGUCCCCCCAUAACAAGUUCUGGGUGCCUUGCACAUGGUUCGUCAACUUGGCUCUGAGAGCACGGACUGAGGGGCGCAUCAACAAUGACGUGGCCCUUACCGCCAUUCUCACCGAGCUUAACAGUCUGAGGGCGAAGUGCAUGAAGUUGUACGGUUACGACUGGAUUAGCCUCCCUCUCGUCUACACCCAGGUGGCAACAAUUGCAGUCUACAGCUUCUUCCUGGCUUGUCUGAUUGGCCGACAGUUCUUGGAUCCGGCUCAGGGAUAUCCGGGUCAUGAUGUGGAUUUCUACCUGCCAGUUUUUACUCUUCUGCAGUUUUUUUUCUAUGUUGGCUGGCUGAAGGUGGCUGAACAACUCAUUAAUCCUUUUGGUGAAGACGAUGAUGACUUUGAAACAAACUGGCUUGUUGACCGAAACCUGCAGGUCUCUCUGUUGUCCGUGGAUGAGAUGUACGACAACCUGCCACUGGUUGAGAGGGACAUGUACUGGAAUGACUCGGAGCCCCAGCCUCCCUACACUCCGGCCAGUGCUGAACAUCGUAAACCCUCCUUCAUGGGCUCAGCGCUGGAUAUCAGUGUUCCCAAGGACGAGAUGGAGUUUCAGUCAAACCUGGAGCAGAUCAAAGAAAAUGAAGAAGCCAACUACACCACCCCACUACUUGGAGGGUUAGGUCGUCUUUUGGGCGUCCAGUCCCCAAACUUUCCUCGCUCGUCCCGGGUCCCUCUGCUGCGCCGCCGUCCUGGAGCACCGCUGAGCCGGUUCCCUCUUUACUUGCACCCGGAAGCGCCAUCGACCCCUAAUCAAGGCCGCCACCCUUUGAACCAGGAGCGGGAUCCAGACUACGCCUUCUCCACUGUGCCCAUGUAUGACAGACCGGGAUUUUACAGCUGCCCCCAAACACCCAUUCACUGUGUGCCCCCUGCAGCGCCUCGCCCUCGGCAUGCCCGGCGCACCCAAAACGAGUGGGAUCGCAGCUGCAGCUCAAUGGCCCCUCCGGCGGUGGGCUCCCAGUUACUGGCUCCUGACACGCCCAGCCAUCUCCCACCGCCACCAUCUUCUGCACUGCCCUGGAUGAGUGGGGAGGGGGAUUCGCACAGUGGCCCAGCGUUCUCCUUCCCCGACCCAGCACCGGAACUCUGUCCAAUAUCCAAACUCCGACCAGGACACGGCCUCCUGUCCCGGCGCCCUCAUCCCCCUCGCCUCACUUUAGAAACACUCCCAACCGCCGACAGCCAGCCAGGACCCCCAAGUGCUCGGGCUACAGGAGACGGAGGUGAAAGGGCGUUCUCAUUCACUCCCCCCUCUCACGCAGCGGUACCAAAUCCUGGUAAUCCCGGCAGCAGCUCCGGCAGCAUUAAUGCAACAAGCACCAACAGCGCUGGCACAACAGGAAGUCUUUGCAAUGGAACAAGCCACAGUGGUUUUAGUAACCAUGGGAACUUCACAUCAAACCCGCGGACGAGCAGCGGGGGCACCAAUGGCGGGCCGAGCACCAACAUGAACACAGCUCCUGCGUCUGCGCCAUCACAAGAAGUGAGUCAGCAAAACUCAGCCAAUGAUUCGGGAAUCUCAUUGGCUGAGGGGGACCUGCUGGGAGUUCUGGUGGACGGUGGGAUGAAUAAGGAAGAGAAAGGGAGCAGGACUGAGGAAAAGACUAACUAAUUUGACGUCAUUAUAUAUUAAAUUCUGGAAAUGUGCUCAAUCAAUGAAUCUGGACUGAAAUAUACACUGCUCAAAAAAAAAUCAAAGGAUCACUUUUUUAUAAUAUCAAGUUAGUUAAUCUUCUGUGAUAUUGAUCUGGUCAGUUCUGUACAAGAGGAUGUUGUGAAUCAGUGUCGGCUGUUUUAGUGAUGAUGAAAUUUACAACAGUUUUUCAGUAGUUUUGCAUUUGACCAGGGUCAAUGUCACGACUGGUAGCAUGAGGCUUUACCUGGACCCUACAGAGGUUGCACAGGCAGUCCAACUUCAACUUCAACACAUGCCAUUGCCAGAAAAUUUGCUGUGUCUCCCUCAAGAGCAUGAAGGAGACUCCAGGAGGCAGUAGUUACUCAAGGAGAGCUGGACAGGGUUAUUAGAGGUCCUGAACCUAACAGCAUGAUCGGUAUGUUCUCCUUUGUGCAAGGAGGAGCAGGAUGAGUACUGCCAGAGCCCUACAAAGCCAGCCAUCAGGCCUCUGGUGUGAAUGUCUCUGACCCAACCAUUAGAAAGACCUGAGCUCACUGCCUAGCACCAUGAAGUGUUAUUAGCCC